UGCAAAAUUUUCAACAUUUUUCUGUCACUAAACAUGGCGAAUCACACGAACUCAUCGAGUAUCCCGGAAGGGGACGGGAAAAUUGCAGAAAAUGGGGUUAAAAUAAUUUGUCUAGGAGAUUCCGCCGUCGGUAAAUCAAAAUUGGUGGAGAGAUUUCUAAUGGAUGGAUACCAACCGCAGCAAUUAUCAACGUUCGCAUUGACUCUAUUUAGGUACGAGACGAAAGUGAGCGGGAAAGACGUCAUUGUAGAUUUCUGGGAUACAGCAGGCCAGGAGAGGUUUAGUAGCAUGCAUCCAUCCUACUAUCAUCAAGCUCAUGCAUGUAUUCUAGUGUUUGAUGUAACGAGAAAAGUGACGUAUAAGAAUCUUAGCCAGUGGUACAAAGAACUACGGGAAUACAGGCCAGAGAUUCCCUGUAUACUUGCAGCCAAUAAGAUAGAUGUUGACUACAAGAUCACAGAAAAGAAAUUCAACUUCUCCAAGAAGCAUGAUUUACCAUUCUUCUUCGUAUCAGCCGCUGAUGGGACCAACGUUGUCAAGAUGUUUCGGGAAGCUAUCAAGAAAGCCGUCUCCUACAAAGAGAACCCAACAGACUUUACAGAUGAAAUCAUGAAGGAAUUAGAGGAAAUGGAUCUAAAACUCUCCCCCGAUAGUGGCCUUGAGUCAGCAACAAACUCAGAAGGGAAGGAAAACGGCAAUGUGAAUGACGGAGCAACAACAUCGUCAUGACAACCGCAUCAGUUUUGAUGAGCAAAGGGAGCAGAAGUAAGAUAUGGACUCCUAUAGGUGCAACGUUGCUUUUAAUUGAGCAAAAAAUGUUCAUUCUUGUUGUUAUCAGCUAAUGCCAGCUCUUGAAAAUUUACAUGGAGGAUCCUCCUGCCUGGGCGGAGCCAAGGAUCGAUGCCGUCCCGUCACCAUGGAAAUGGGUUCCUUGAGCUUUGAGUGAUGCAAGUGAAGUCCAGAUGCUAAUUGAUGUCGUGGGGAGCAUUGCUCUCAUGCUCUUGUAGCUAUUCUACGUAUCACUAUAAUAACAAGACCAACGCUCAUCCUUUGAAAUGGAUCUACAGUUGACUUUACCGAGAUUUGUUUAAAAAAAAUUAAUUCAAAAUAUAUUUGUUACAUGUAGGUUGAUGAGCUUCAUGACGGAGUGAUUCUUAAGUUGUAUUUUACGUCAUACCCUUAAUAUCAUAAUCCCUUGAUACCAUGGCAACUAGAUUGUUUAAAUGAGCGUUGAGUUGAUUCUUGAACCAUCUUCAAAACUAAUGAUUUUGAAGAUAGUUCAAGGAUCAACUUGUAGGAAUUCCUUGUAGGAACAUAUAAAAUGGAUGAAGGAUAGACUCACACUGUUCUUGCAGUGGAAUUUGAGAAUUUUUUUCUUUGAAUAACUAACAAACCCAGUGAUCAAAGAGCUUUAUAUGAAGGUUCCGUAAUAUACCUUGGUGAUCGAGUCAGAAUGAAACAAAGGUUCAUCAUGGCGUCCACAUCAUAUAUCCCGAGGGUUGAGACCAACGUGUGUCUUGUUGUGCAAGGUUGGGUCUCAUUGUUUCAUGAAAGUGGACACGUACACGUACAUAUGUCCUGUGGGUUGAUUUUGUAUCAGUGAGCGUUUCAUGAAAGGACAUUUUGGAUAUUAUUUCUAACAAAGGAAGAUUAUCUGACAGUUGCCUUUGGAGCUAUGCUUCUUAGCCGAUCAAUAUCAAGGUAAGUUGUCAGAUCUGACGAUUUGUUGGAAGACAAAUGUUGACAAAACGCUCCCCUGAUCAUAUUAAUCGGAUUUGUCAAAUGCUCGACAUGUUACACCCUUUGAAAUGUUUCAUUGCAGGAUAUUAAAGCCAUUACCUCUAUUCUUAUAGGCGGGGGUGGAAUUACGUCAUAUCCGCUAAAUGACGACAGCACUGACUUUAGUACGAUGAAAACAAAGUACAAGAAACACAAUGAAUUUAUGGCAGAAACGGCAAAGAAAAUUUCAGAAAGAAUUGUAAAUUUCAAGAUAACGAAAUGGGUAAACUUGAUUAUCACGAUGUUCAGCACAAAUUAUGAAUGCAAUGUUUGUGUAUUAUGCAUUGUAGGCAUGCCAAAACGCUGCGCUGCUGUACGAGUCGCUAGUGCGUUGUUUUCAUCGGCCGAUCAGUUGCUAGGGCUCGAGAUAUAAGCCUGAAUGUUUGCCACAGCCUAUACACACUUUUGAUAUGGCUUCAUCCAAUUAGAGAUUUUAUAAGGUAUUCCAAUAAUGUCCAACAUGUUCAUAGCAUUCAUUUUUAUACAGAGCGUGACAAACUGCCGCAAUUAUGUCUCGAGCAGUGCGUCAUCGUGAAACCUUAAUUUGACAAAGUGUUGUUUUUUUUUAGAUUGGCACUCAUUAAUUUCACCAAUUCUUCAAUAUUUUAUUGACGAAGAAACCAAAGCAAUGCUGUAUUUUCAUUGAAGUAUUUUUCCCUCACAGAACUUUUGAAGUGUUUUGCUUGACAACCUUUCCAGAACAAAAAAAAAAUUCAUGAUGGACAUGCAGAUUCACUAUAAAGAAUGAAUUCUAUGUCUCUCAUAGACUGUGUUAAGAGUUGACAUCCUUUACAUUAUUCUAUAAAUGCCAUAAACUUCAUGAUGCCAUCAGUGGUUGGUGAAAUGUCCCGACCACAGAGAAUUGUAGGUUUCUACUUUUCAAUUUUUACCUCCAGUAAAGAUUCAUAGCUGACUGAUGUUAUCUAGCACAGUUUAUAUAUAUCAUCCAGCCUGUUUACUUUGAGCCUGCACUAAAACUGGGUGAUUUUCAAGUUCAGUCUUUGUAUUGGUUCUGGUGUUGGUGUUAUUGAGUCAGAUUCUACAUUUCCAACUCCUGUGAUUACAAACACAGACAAACAUCACAUUAUUAUUUCAUGAAUAUCAUCUUAACACCAGCUACAUGUAUAUUUGUUGUUUGGUGCUAGGCCCAACACUAACACCACAUAAGGAUCAACACCAAACUUGAAAUCACCCAUUAAAGAGUAACAACCGGCUGUAUACACUAUAUAAAGGUCAACACCACAAACUUUAAACCAACUGCUACAGAGUAUUAAAACACCCAUAAUAUUUGGAGUUAGGUACUGGGCAUAUAUAAAAAAUUUGCCCUAAGCUAGCACUUUAUAAAAGUCAACACCGAACUUGAAAUCAACCAUUACAGAAAAAUGCCCAUAAUCAAAACAUUCUUGAUGGAUUAAUUUGGGAAGUUGCCCCCAGUUAGCUAAACUUGUCAAUAGAUUUGUAAUAUUCAUGCCAUAAUUACAAGGCAUCAGUAGAUAUGUGUGUGUCUGACUUUGCUGCAUACUCUAGUAUAAAUCACUAAAUGCUGGGCUUAGUCCUCUCUACAGUAUUCAAAACUUAUUUAUGAAUGUGAGUAUAUACUGUAGUUUUGAUUUGUAGAUUGAUUGAAUGUCAUUGUUGUUUAAUCUGAUGCAAAUUAUCAAUGCGAUGGUUAAAAGUUGCCUUCACAGUGACCAAAGGAAUUAAUGUACUAUUUAUUGUUCCUUUAGAAAAGAGAUUCACAACAUCCAAAUGAAAGUUGAUUCAUUGCUAACGUGAUAUUAAUUCUAAACAUUUUUUUUCUGGUGAUAGUGGUGGUAAAAUUAAAUCCAUCAGAGCCCUGAAUCAUACAGCUUUAUUAUCAAUCACAAUUGCAAGCACCUGUUUUAAGCUACUGAAAUCCUGCAUUUUGAUUGGCCAAGGGCAAAUCUGGCAUGGAUUUUGAGACAUUUGGUAAUGAUACAUAGUUUUAUGAAAUGGGGGUUCGGUGAGGAUGCACUUAAUGGUGCAAACUUGAAGAUGGGGAGGGGUAAGGGGCGAUUGACAUGCGGUUGACAUGAAUUUGCCCCCCUCCCAUUCAUUGGGGAGUAUUACCGGAUACUGUAAGACUUUAGACUACUGUCACAAUGACAGGACUUCGGCUUUUAAAAACUAUUUCAAAUAAUUUGAUUGAAAUUGCUGGUACAUGUACACAGCAGUAGACAUGAAUCAACUUGAAUUUGAAUGUUGCGAGUCUUUCGGUAAUUCCCUUUAAACUUAUACAUGUAUUCAAUCUCCUCAGAAUAGAUUGUGUGGGUAUUUGGCAGCAAAGUAUAGAAAACCUUGUCAAAUUGUACUUUUUUUUAUUUUAAAUGAAAAAUGUGUUACUUUAUUGAUAUAGUCAACUAGUCAUGCAAUAAGUACUAUUACUUUGAUGUAAAUACAUGUACAGCUUUUUUAUGGAAUGGUAGAUUUCUUUUCUUCAUCUAGGCUAGCUAUAACUAGACUCGAAGGAUUUGAUUUUGAAGUACUGAAUUCUUUCUCGGGAGAGUAUAUUGAACUCUUCAUGCAAUGGUAUUUAAAUUUUUGAGAGUAUAUAGACAGUCUAUGUGUAGAUGUGCAUGUUACUAUUGUCAAUCACUAACUUUCACUCUGUAGUCUUACAUGGUAAACGGCCGAUUUGUCUAUUGCCAACUCGUCCACUCAUCACAUGGUCUACCUUCAUUUAGUCUAAUGCCAUUCCGUUCAUCUCGUCUAU